AAUAGGAGUAUCUGAUUUUCUUUGACCAAGAUGAAGCCAUCGUCCUCUUUAACGUCACGGGUAUUAGAAAUCACAGUGAUAUCUGGGGAGAAUCUCCGAGAAAGCAAGAAGCAAUGGGUGAAGAAGAACGCUUUCGUAAAUAUCAGAACAACAGAUAGCAACGUUCAAACAACUAAAAUGGAUAAAGACGGCGGAAGUUAUCCUGUAUGGAACGAAAAACUGAUCGUUGAUUUGCCCAUGCAUGCAAUAAAUCUGACGGUGGAGGUUCAAUGCAAGACUUCUUAUGGGAUUAAACCCAUUGGGAUUGCAAGAGUUCCCACGUCGGAUUUCAUUGGUGGAUUCUUGCCUGAAGAUUAUCUGCACUUCUUGAGUUAUAGGCUUAGGGAUGAAAAGGGUGAGAAGAAUGGGAUUAUCAAUUUCUCCGUCAAGGUCAAGAAUGCACCGCCGCAAACUACCGGUUGCGCCUCUGCUUAUUCGCAGCAGUGGACGGUAGCUCCGGCGGCAAUGAGAAGUAAUACUUCUGGCGUGGUUGUAACCGGUAUUCCCGUUUAUCCCAGUUAUUAGGUUUAAUUUGGAGAAUUUCUUUUAAUGGAUGAAUUGAAUUGUAUAUAUGGAUAGGUUUUAGAGGAAUUUGAUUGCCAAGAAAGGA